GCUGGAUGCGGAAGUUGCACAUGUCAAGCUCGCGUCGCUUCGCUUCGCUUCGCUUCGGUUGAGUUGGGUUCAGCUCGAUGUCAUGAUGGAUCCGCUGUAUGCGGUUCUGGAUGAGGUGGCUCUGGAGGGUUUGGACGGGAUCAGCAUUCAGACUCUAUGGAUGCGACUGCGGAUGCGACAACCUGAGUUCGGUUUGAAUCUGGAUCCGCUCACACAGAACUUCAUAUGGACCUACUUGAGCCGAACACCAGAGGUCCGAUUCUACUUGAUGCCUGAACCCAGGAAACACGUCACGGUAUACGACAGGUUUGUAGAGGUGGAUCCAAACACGGGCAUUCAUAAGACGCGUCAGACUGACCCGGAGGAUCCGUACCCAGUCAACGUGGUGACCGAUGACCCAAGCGGGAUCCAGGGUUCUUGUUUGUUCUACAAAGAGCGUACUGAUGUCACCGAACAGAUCAGAACGACCGAGCUCAAGGCACUGAUGACGCUGGAUCAGACCCAGACCCAGUUCGGUGAGAAGCUGGUGAUGGUGGCUUCACAGGAGGUCCGGUAUAGAACUCUGAUCGGGCCGGAGGGAAACUCGGAGCUGAAGCUCACUGAUCAGACCUACUGUAUUCUGGAGAGAUUGGGCCGAGCUCGCUGGCAGGGCGAACUACAGCGAGAACUACACACAAAAGUAUUCAGAAUGGAUGCUGGUAAGAUGCAUUAUCUGAGAAGGAAGCUGGACCGAAACCGAAUGAUCACUAUACAGUCACACGUGACCCGGCUGCCGUCAGGAGGACAACAACACUCCCUGCUUCUGCUGCUGCCACGCUUUCACGUCGACAGGAGGUCCAAAUAUGAUAUUCUGAUGGAGUCCACAUCUAACGUUCUGUCUGAGGCGCCCAACAAGAUGAUGGUUAUGCAGAAACUCAGACAUCAGCUGGGCGUCUGCGAGCGAACCUUCAAGCGCGUGUAUCAGUACAUGCUUGCGGCUAAGAUGGUGAACAUGUUGAGGAUUCCUCUGAGGGAGCUCGACCCGGACGGAGGACCCUUCAAAACCCUACGAGGCACAGACAUCUUCGUUCGCUGUCUGAAGCUCAUAAAGCCGUACGGACAGAAAGAUGUAGAGGAGGAUGAGGACGACGAGAACAACGACGAAGAUGGCAACGGGCCCAACAAGAGGAACGUUCUUGUGGUUCCUCGCAUCAUCGAGCGCGACAUGCUCUCACAAGCCUACGAUAUCGUGGAAUCGACGGGGACCAGAGGGAUCUCACAGUCGAUGCUGAGAGGGCAACUUAACGUCGGAAGACUGGAGGGUCGAAUGAUCUGUAGAGUACUGGAGCGAAAUGACAUGAUCAAAGGCUUUAUGGAGGAUGAGGGUCGCCAGAGAACCACUAAAUACAUCAGCAAACACUUUGUAGAGGAAAGUAAACUCAACCUGCAGUUCACUAAAGAGAUGCAGCGCAGUCAGGACCUGCGGGAAGCGCAUCUCAACGAGCCGGGGGCAGAGACGCCCACCGCCGGGGUAUCGCAGCUGCAUGGGCGCAAGAAAACCCAGCAGAAAACUAAACAGCUCAAACAGUCCAAACUACACUUUGGAAAAAGUGACGCAUCUCUAAAAGAGACGCCGCUGGCUUCACCUCAAGAGCGCAGCGCUGAACCCUCAGAAAAUGCUGAAGCUGGACAAGAUGGAGAUGAUUCAUGUCCUGUACCUACCGAACACGCCCCCAUCCCGACCGUCAGCCAAUCACAUUGUGCCGAAGGCAUGGAGCCGGUGGUAGAGGAAGUGCUCACGGUCAGUGAGACAAAGAAGAUGGAAGUUCAGGAGACGUACAGACUGUUGAAACGCAAGAACAUGAUCAUAGAGGCGGUGAAGUGCAGCAAGAUCAUUGAGGGCUUUUACUCUCUGCAGAAGUUAUUGACGGAGGAAGAGAAGAAAGAUGGUGUGAAUACUAAAGUGUGUAAGAAGAGUGUGAUGAGACUCAUCUCUUCACUAUCUAGACACGGUUUAGUCAAACUCUACAGGACGAUCAUCAUACAGGAUGGAGUUCACAAGAAGGUUGAGUUUGUAGUUCAUCCAUCCAUUACACCUGACGAUCCACUGGUUAAAAGUACUAUUGAGCAAAUCCGUAUGCGCAUGUCCAGUUCUGUCUCUACGGCUCGUGUGGAACCACAAGCUGACAAAGUCAAGUCUAAUACAAAGACUGUAAAAGAGAAUAAAACCUCAGCUUCUUCACGUCCGUCUCAAAGCAACGCCCCAAAGAAAGUGAACGAGAUGAUGGGCGUCAAACCACUGACCUCCUUCAAACCCGUAACCGUUCCUGGAUACGGACGCUCUCUUGGAUUCCAAUCCAAAAUGCCUCGUCUGCGUAUCGUUCACUCGUUCCUGUGGUAUUUGAUUUAUGGACAUCCGCUCAGAAGAUCCAGCCAGACAGAUCCUGAUCCUGAAACACAGUCGAACCCAGAGGCUUCCAGCAGAGAUGAUCAGACCGAGGAAGACUCUGAUGUGACUCAUGAGCAACACUUUGAAGUAUACGUGAAUGACAAUAGCUGGAAGAGAUUCAUUCCUCCAAUUCCGCUACAUAAAGACUUUGGUUAUGGUUGGGCUCUCAUCAGUGAUGUUCUCGUGUCACUGCCACUCAGUGUCUUCAUGCAGAUCUGUCAAAUCAACUAUAAGGUUGAUGGUUUGGAGACGUACCUAAAUGAUCCGAUUAGGCAGCAUUAUCUCAUCAGGUUUCUCCCUGCAGACAUUAAGAGACAGCUGCUACACAGGAGAAAGUACAUCUUUAGUUUUCACGAGAGUCUUCAGAGGUUGUGUUUCAUGGGUCUGAUGCAGUUUGGACCUACUGAGAGGUUCAUGGAGAAAGAUCAGGUGUUCGUUUAUUUGAAGACGAAGGCCACCAUCGUGGAUACGACCGUCUGUGACCCGCACUAUAACAGGGCCAUCGAGACCAUUCGGCCGUUUGAAAGGAGACGCUAUGUGUUCAAUACUGCAGAGAGCGUUGAGAAGUACUGGUUUGAUCUGCUGUGUGUUUGUCUCAACACACCACUAGGGGUGACACGUUCACGCUCUAAUGAGGGAAAGUCUGAAAUUAUCAUGGGACUGGAACAAUGCCCGAGGUUCCUGCAGAGCUUACAGGGCAGCACUACUGUGGUGGAUGAUGGUGUUACACCGGGCGAUGGUCAGGGUGCCGGUGGACUGGACUCCAUCUUUUUCAGCCACCUAAAACGCAACUGGUCAUGGACCAGCCAUGUGGUGAAAACACAAAGACAGAACACUGACGCUAAAGGAACUCAUCAGACGGUCCGGCUCAGAAACCUGCUGUCCAAACACCCACCACCUAAACCUGCUACACAAACCGUGGUACAGAGCGAUGAUGGGACGCUGCCGCCCCCUGCUGUUGUGGAGGAGGAGGUGCACGUGAGUCAACAGCCGGCCAGCAGGAACGAGGAGGUGCGCGGAGGACGAAAACUCAAACGCAAGAGACAGAAGAAAGAGACCAGCAAACCGGUCCGCAAGAGACCGAAGAAAGAGGUUCGUGUGAGGAAACGGUGUCAUGUUCGGGAUGAGACGGAUCGCAGAGCUUUACUGCACAUGACCAAACAAAGAGUCACCUGGACACAUUUAGAGGACAGUUUACUGAUGCUGUGUCGAGUUACCAGUCACUUCCUCAACCGUAAGUUAAAGAAGCCGUUUGUACCCUGGUCGGUGGUUCGAGAUGUUCUUCAUGCUGAGUUUGAGUUAUCGCAGGACAAAACUUCUCUGUCUGUCAGUCGACGCAUACGAUACAUCAUGAAGAACCCACAGACUGCGCUCAACUACAGGAUUUGUUUGGCUGAACUUUAUCAGGAUAAAGAGUUGUUGCCGAAAUUUAUGAACCGAAAUGACGACUACAACAAUCCUGAGGUGUGUGCUGCAGAGUAUAAGGAGUUUGUAAGUGCUCUGAGGUCAAAGUUCAGCUCCAGCUGUGGUUCUAGUGAUGUCAUCAUACCAGAUACCAAAGAGGAACUUUUCAAGAAGUUUAAGGUGUACACGAUUGGAGAUGAUACAGUGAAGCACUUCAGAGAUGUUCUCAACAAGCAGGAGGACAUCCAUGUUCUUGUGUUGUUAAAUUUAAUUCAGAGCACUCUUGUUCUGACUAAUGCUCAGAUGAAGAACUACCAGCCCUUCCAGACAUUCUGUCUGUACACACAAUAUAAAGAACACGUUUUGACUCGGGCCUUUCAAACGUGUCGGAGGCGGGGCUUAGUAAACCGCCGCCGCCCCAUGACCUUCCAUGGCAUAAAGAAGUUUCACGCCCUCCCCUUUCUGCCUAUGUCCUAUCAGCUCUCACAACAUUACUACAAGUUCUUCACUUGGCGUUUUCCCAGCACUAUUUUUAAUGAUGCGUACGAUCUGCUCACAGCUUUAUGUGAAGGUAGCAGAAGUGACAGAAGCAGCAGCUUCUCCUUCCAGAAAGACCCUGAGAAUGAGAGAGAUGCCAGCGGAGACAAGGAGAGAGAACAGAUAGAGGAGGAGCAGGCGCAGGAGCGGGUGGAGGAGCAGGCACAGGAGCGAAUGGAGGAGCAGGAGCGGGUGGAAGAGCAGGCGCAGGAGCGGGUGGAGGAGCAGGCGCAGGGGCGGGUGGAGGAGCAGGCGCAGGGGCAAAUGGAGAAGCAGGAGUGGGUGGAAGAGCAGGCGCAGGAGCGGAUGGAAGAGCAGGCGCAGGAGCGAGUGGAGGAGCAGGCGCAGGAGCGGGUGGAGGAGCAGGCGCAGGAGCGGGUGGAGGAGCAGGCGCAGGAGCGGGUGGAGGAGCAGGCGCAGGAGCGGGUGGAGGAGCAGGCGCAGGAGCGGGUGGAGGAGCAGGCGCAGGAGCGGGUGGAGGAGCAGGCGCAGGAGCGAGUGGAGGAGCAGGCGCAGGAGCGAGUGGAGGAGCAGGCGCAGGAGCGAGUGGAGGAGCAGGCGCAGGAGCGAGUGGAGGAGCAGGAGCGAGUGGAGGAGCAGGAGCGGGUGCAGGCGAAGGAGGCGCCCCCUGCAGAUAGUCAGGAUAUGCUACAGUUCAGCAUGGACGCUCCGGGUGGUGUUAGCGCCUGCUGUCUUACUCUCAUGACUCUGGGUCUGCUGACUGUAGACGUCAGUAUCCCACAGCAGAUUGUGGUCAUAAAUAGCAACAUGGUGGACAGUGAGAUGGUCAAGAGUCUCACUAAAGCGCUGGAGGAGGAGGAAGAGGAUGAUGAGGUGGAGAGGAAGAGGAAACUAGAAGUCAAAUCCCAUCAGGCGUCUCACACCAAUUACCUGCUGAUGAGAGGAUACUGUUCACCUGGAAUCACACGUUCACAAACACACAACUCCAACACCACCGACAACAUCAUCAUCAACACUUGUGCUGUUCAUGUCAAGCUCAGAGAGACGCCCAGACACACAUUCUUCACACAAGAGGCUGAUUCGAUCUCAGCGUUUUCUUCAUCCGCUCCUCCGUCUUUCCCAGCAUCAUUUACUCGUGUUUACCGCUCAACAACACUAGACCCACAGAUGUUUUUGGAGCGGUGUGUGAGUGUUUUGGGAUACAGACCGGAGGACAUCCAGGCAGUCCAGGAGAUCAGAGAUGCUGUGCAGAAAGGGGCGGAGUUUGGCAUUGACAGACAGGACCUCUGUCUGAGCUUCAUACAUCUGGAACAGCCUGAGAACGGCCGAAAGAGAUCGCUACAACAAUAUAUACAGGAUCUGGUGGAUGGAGAGCAGCUGGUGGAGGUUGGAGCUCUCUCUCAUAGGCUGGUGUGUUUGAAUGUUGCGUCUCAUUGGCUGCUGGAGAGCAAGUGUGAUGAUGCACAGAUGAAACGGGUAUCCCUGAAGAGAGGCCCCGCCCAUGACCCCGAUCAUGCCACACCUCAUGCCAAGAAGAGGCGGGCCACAGAAUCAGAUCUUCAGGAUAGCGUCUCCGCAGAUUCAGCUGUCGUCAUGGAGACCGAAGCUGAGCCGCAGGUUGUCAUGGAGGAGGCGCUAACUAAAGAUGUCAGUGACGCAGAGCAGCACACAGCAGAUGAGAAGGAGGCGGAGCUUGACUCCUCCCACUCACACAUUAAAGUUGUUGUUACAGAUGAAGAUGAAGGAGCUGCUGCUGACCAGGAGAAAGACAGCGUCGCUCGUGAGUCUGUGAGGUUUGUCAGUCGUCCGUGGCGAGCGGUGGAUGGUUUAUUGAAUCGUCCGGUGUGUAAGGGAAUGCUGGAGUCGGUUCUCCUGCACAUCAUGAGUAAUCCAGGGACCCGUGAGUCGCUUGUGCUCAAGCAUUACAGUCAGGUUCUUCAGCCCGUCAUCAUCCUCGAACUCCUGCAGGUUUUGAUUGAUCUGGGCUGUGUAAGGAAACGUUACACCAUUCAACAACAGAAAGCCUCGCUGUUCUCCAAACCCAGAACACCAGAGGUCAAAGGUCAGGCAGAGGUCAGGUUAAAGGACAUAUCAAUUGCGUUUUAUGAGCCCACAGUGGACUGCACACUCAGACUGGCACAAGUUUUCCCACAUGAGCCCAACUGGAACAAAUGGGUUCAGUUGUGUCUGCGCGUUUGACCGGACGCAUGACCCAGAGAUAUUUGAUGUUUUAAAGUCAUUCACAUUUGUUGCAUAAAAUAAAGAGAGAUUGUUCAA